UUAAUUCUAUAGAUUCACAAAGUUCACAACCAGAUUUUCGAUACGCUGAAGGUAGAAGAUUUCAUAACGCAGAAAAUAUUGUAUACCAUUUACCAAAUGAUGAUGAUGAAACAGAUAGGUUACAUUCACAACAUUUCAUAAUGAGAUAUGUCUGGCAAAAUAAUUUUUCUGCUCCUGUCGAAAAUAUUUUAUCUACACCAGGUGCCAAAGUUCUUGAUAUCGG